CGCCUCACGUCAUAAAAUCUCACACACGUAUGAGGACAGGCACCAGUUACCUAACGGCAUCGACCGAAACCAAGAGAGGAGCAGCGCUGCCUGCCAGCUUGAUAUACGCACGUACACAGCCUCGAGAGUAGUCUCUAAUAAUCUAAUUCGGGGCGUCGAAACGGCGUGAAGAUCGCUAAAUAACUAGUGAGCGUCGUGUGGUUCUUUAACAAUUCUGCGUAUACGUAGUUUUAGCACGCUAGCAAGCUAACUACGCUAGCGAGAAAAAGGCCGUCGAGUUGACCCAGUCUCGGUGACGCUUAAUAAAACGAUUCACUUCGGCACAAGUUAGCCCUUUAUUAUUGCGAGAGAAAAACAUUUAUUCGUCAGACAACAUCGAGAGAGGAUGGCUUUGAAAAGGAUCCACAAGGAACUGAAUGACCUGGCCCGUGACCCCCCAGCACAGUGCUCAGCUGGCCCCGUGGGUGAUGACAUGUUUCACUGGCAAGCCACAAUCAUGGGGCCUAGUGACAGUCCAUAUCAGGGAGGAGUUUUCUUCUUGACAAUUCAUUUUCCAACAGACUACCCUUUCAAACCACCCAAGGUUGCUUUUACAACAAGAAUUUACCACCCAAAUAUUAACAGUAAUGGCAGUAUCUGUCUGGAUAUUCUCAGAUCACAGUGGUCUCCUGCACUUACUAUUUCUAAAGUUCUUCUCUCCAUUUGCUCACUGCUAUGUGACCCAAACCCUGAUGACCCACUAGUGCCAGAGAUCGCACGAAUCUACAAAACAGAUAGUCAGAAGUACAAUAAACUAGCUCAGGAGUGGACAACCAAGUAUGCCAUGCUUUAGGAUACAUCAAAAUGGCAAAAGAAUGGACACAAAAGUACGCAAUGUGAGGGUGUCGCCUGGAAGCGGGUGGAAAUGUUGCUGGUUCAAACGUCAAAUUAUGGGAUUCUGUUUUUCCUUUUCACUUAGUUUUGUUUUUUGGUUAAUCAAUGCAUUUUAUCCUGUUUUUGUUUUAAUUUUUCCCACCUGCGUGCUCAUAAGAAGAUAGUGUUUCCUCUCUAGGUCAUAAACCAGUUUCUGUCAAGUACAAACUCCUUUUUAUAACGAAAAAUACAAUGGUGGCUCAGCCACAGAUUGGUCAUCCUGAUUUCCUCUGCGCACACUUAGACCCUGAUGCAGUUCACCUUCCCACGCUGAUGAUGAGGAGGAUCCAGCUGGUCACCAGGCUGGUUCCCCUCCUCUCCAGUCUAGACCUUAAGGAGCAUUUUGCCCUCCUAAGAAUUAGAAGUGGUUGGUGUAUGUCUGCUGUAUUUGAUUGGGAAAAUUACAAAUGGUGUAACACAGGUUCUGCUCACUAGGAUAAGAGUUCUGAGUUGUAUCUUAUUCCAAGUGUGUACAGAGAAGCACAGCAGUAUAUAUCCAUGUUAAAACUAAAUAUAAGACUUCAUGUUGUAUUUAAUGCAUGUUAAUAAAGGUAGGCUGUUAUUUCUGAUGUUUCUGCUAAUAAACUGGAUUGUAAGGUUGAAUCAUUGGACAAAGCUGGUUCCCUUUCUUUUGUUCCCCCUUUAGUUUCCUAGGAGCCGUAGAUGAGCAGAUAGUUUUACGCCCACUCGAACACUGUCUUCUUGUAGCCAUGGGGUCUCGAUGCAAAGCUGAUGGUUGAUAAUCAACUGGUGGCUCUGUUUCUUUUAGUUUUACCUUCAAUAAAGUUACUUCAACCAUAA